AUGGUCAUCAGAAGCAACCGAGCCAGCGUGGCUAAGGACGGCGUGCAUGUCGACGAGCAGAAGCGAUACAACUCAGACUCAAGCAAAGCCUCGGCAAAUCUAUCGGUACAAAGAAUUUCAAACGACGAUCCUGAUGGCUUCAACAACGUCCUGGAAGAGAAAACUCAUCCUCAGUUCACCGCCAAAUCGUGGACCUCGCAGCGAAAAUGGAUGAUUCUCAUUGCCAUGUGGUUCGUUCAGGUGUCGCAAAAUUACAACGCCGCUGUCUUUCCAAGCAUGUAUCCUUUCAUCGGAGAGCAUUUCAACAAGACUUCAGAGCAGGCCAACAUCGGGCAAAUGCUGUUCUUGGUCCUCUACGCUUUCGGCUGCGAACUCUGGGCACCGUUCAGCGAAGACUUUGGACGGAAAUGGGUCCUCUUCUCUUCCCUCUUCCUGGUCUUCUGCUGGCAAAUCCUCCUUGGCGCGUCUCCGACCUUCACCGCCAUCCUGGUCGCUCGAGCUCUCGGCGGUCUAUCCUCAGCCGGAGGCUCAGUCACACUGGGCAUGGUCGCAGACAUGUACCAGCCGGAGACCCAAUUCCAAGCCGUAGCAUUUACCUGCUUCGGUUCCGUGUCAGGCUCAGUCUUCGCCCCGAUAAUCUCUGGAAUUGUAGCCAUGACUCUUGGCGGUCGCUGGGUAGCCUACAUGUCCGUGAUCCUCGCCGGCCUCACGAUUCUCAUCCAUCUCUUCGUCCCAGAGACCCGCGCCGAAGUCCUCCUCGACCGUAAAGCGAAAGAACUCCGAGAAAGCGACCCGGAGGGAACAGGAAAAGACAUCUACGGACCUUGGGAAAAGAACCCCCUCAAACAACGUCUCCAACCCAAGGCAAUCUGGGAAAUGCUCUAUCGCCCUUACAAAUUCCUCAUCACAGAACCAAUCGUCCUCUUCAAUUCCCUCCUCUCAGGUUUCAGCGACGCCCUCAUCUUCUCCGGUCUAGAAUCCUUCGGCUACAUCAUGGCGAAAUGGAAUUUCAACCAAGCUCAAGUAGGCUAUUGUUUCGCGUCGCUGAUGAUCGGCUACCUGAUCGGCUGGGCACUAUGGUCACUCCACUAUCGACUCAACCCAGGCCGUCCAGCGAAGAACAACAGAGUCCCAGAGGAACGACUCUGGCUCCUUUGCUGGGUCGUACCACUCGAAGCCGCAGGACUGAUCGGUUUGGCAUUCUGCUCUCUAGGUCCCAAAUACGGUGUGCCGUGGAUUGCACCUCUGAUUUGCGUCGGAUUGGUGGGAAUCGCAAAUUAUGGCAUCUAUAUCGCCACGAUUGAUUACCUCAUUGCAGCGUAUGGUCCAUUUGCCGCUUCGGCCACGGGAGGGAAUGGCUUCUGUCGAGAUCUCUUCGCUGGUCUUGCUGCGUUGUAUACCAAGAAGGCUUAUACCACGAUUGCGGUCAAUACGCCGUAUGAGCUUGUCUGGCCGACGCUGAUCUUCGGGAUCAUUGGCAUUGCCCUUGCGAUUCCGGUUUAUGUGUUCUAUUUUCAGGGAGAGUGGUUCCGUGUCAGGAGCAAGUAUGCUAUGAAGCUUGAGGCGGAGAGGCAGGGACAUUGA